CUCUCUCUCUCGGUCGCCUCAUCGCAGUCGCUCACCGCCUCGCCUCCAGCCCUCCCUCCUUAGCAGCCACGGCGUCGCCUUCAGCCCUCCAUCGCAGCAUCGCAGUCACGGUCCUUUGGGUCGCCUAGGUCUCUGUUCUUGCUAUGGCCCUCUGUUGCUCGCGGCGUCGCCUCCGCUCUCUCGCCCUCGCCUCCACCCUCGAUUCUCUCACUUCACACUUGCAAACUUGACCCACCAUGCCUCUCGCAAUUCCCGACUCGCGCUGUUAAGAAAGUUGACCAUGUGUCGGAACAUCCGACACAAUACGAGGCUCCGGAGAGUGCCCGUGCAUCCAUUAAGGGAAGAUCCCUCUAUGCCUUCUUUCUAGCCUCUUGAAAUUGUGAGUGAGAUCCAAAGGGAUAGACUGAUUAUAUUUCGUAAUCCUCGAACCGAAUCGUGUCCAUAGAGCCAGCCUUCUUAAUCUCUCUUUCUUGUUUUUGUUCCCAAGUUCCUGAUAUAUGGCCUCUUCCAAAAGGAAUUACAAUGUGUUCCUGAGUUUCAGAGGUACAGACAUCCGCAACAAUUUACUCAGUCAUCUCUAUGCAGAUCUUCUUUUCCCGGAGGUCUGGAGAAAGCUGCAAUCAAUAGGAUAGAUCGGAACGGGAUACACACUUUUAAGGAUAGCGAGGAGCUCCGGAAAGGAGAGGAAAUAUUGCCAACUCUUAUGACGGCGAUUGAGGAAUCGAGCAUCGCGAUCAUCAUUUUCUCUGAAGACUAUGCUUCCUCGCGGUGGUGUUUGGAAGAGUUGGUGAAGAUCAUGGAGUGCAAGACACAAAAGAACCUGAUUGUGUUGCCGGUGUUUUACAAAGUGGAACCAAGAGAAGUGAGACGGGCGAUGAAGGGUUAUGGGAGAGCUAUGGCUAUGCAUGAGUCCAAUGUCAGGAAGGAUACUGAGAUAGUGAAGAGAUGGAAGAAGGCUCUCUCCGAUGCCGGUAGCUUGUCUGGGUGGUAUUAUAAUAAUGAAGAUGAAGCGGAGUUCAUACGAGGCAUCGUCACACAAGUAUCAAGUCGUCUAGAGCCAACAACACCCUUAUAUAUUGCUAAGUAUCCAGUUGGAAUAAAUUCCCAAGUUCAAGAAGUGAUAUCACUGUCGCAAAAAGAGUGGGAUGGUGAUGAUGUUCUCAUGAUAGGUAUAUGGGGACCCGGAGGUAUAGGGAAGAUGACCAUUACUAAAGCCACAUAUAAUGCUAAUGAAAGACACUUUCAGAAAUCUACAUUUUUGGAGCAAGUUAGAGAAACUUCAAACAAAUACGGUCUAGUUGAGUUGCAAAAAGGACUUCUUUCUCAAAUCUUAUCUCCUGGACAUCUAACGGUCUAUAGUGAAGGCAGAGGAAGUAGUUUGAUAAGGGAAAAAUUUCGUCACAAGAAGAUUCUCCUGGUUCUUGACGAUGUUGACGAUUGGCGUCAACUAGAUAUGUUAGCUGGAGGAGGCGAUUGGUUUGGCAAAGGAAGUAGAAUCUUUGUAACAUCAAGGGAUAAACAUUUGCUGACUUCUCAUGGCAUAAAUCAUGUGUAUGAAGUUAAACCUUUAGACCAGGGUGAGGCACUGGACCUUUUUAAUCAGCACGCCUUUCCACAUUGCAAAAAACCUGAAAUAAAAAAGGAUCUCAUAGAUAGAGUACUACAUUAUGCUAGUGGCUUUCCAUUAGCCCUUGUAGUGUUGGGCUCAUUCUUAUGUGGAAAAGAGGAACCUGCAUGGGAAAGUGCACUGCAUAACCUCUCCAAAAGUCCUGACCAAACUAUCAAUAAAGUUUUGAAGACAAGCUUUGAAGGAUUGGCAAACAAUGCGAGGGAGGUUUUCCUCGACAUUGCUUGUCUCUUUAAGGGAAAUAGAAUAGAAUACAUCAAGAAAGUUAUUGACAAUAGCCGUGAUUUUGACUCAACUAUAGAAAUAGAAAUUCUCAUCGAGAGGUCUUUGAUAAGAAAUGUGUAUGGGACCCUACAAAUGCAUGAUUUGAAAGAAGUGCAUAGCUCAUCGCAAGAUCCAGUUUAUCUCCCCAACAAUCUGAGAUGGCUUGAAUGGUCCAAUGCCCCAUUUCUAGAAUUUCGCUCUGGUCGAAAGAAGCUUGUUGGACUUGAUAUCCAAAAAAGUCACAUCAGACAAGUAGACGGCAAAUUUAAGAAUUUUGAAUGUUUGAAGUACAUCAAUUUCAGUCAAUGCAAGUCCCUGGUUAGUGUUCCUGACCUUUCAUCAAUUCCAAAUCUGGAGAGCUUGAAUCUUGAUGGGUGCAAAAGCUUGGUGGAAGUUCACCAAUCCGUCGCAUGUCACGACAAGUUAAAAUUUUUGUCACUACAAUUUUGCUUUAAUCUCGGUAACUUUCCUCACACACUCAAGGCAAAAUCUCUUCAAGCCCUCGAUCUCUUUGGUUGCUUUAAACUCGAGAAGUUCUCUGAUAUACCAGAAAAGAUGGAACAUCUAGAAGAGCUUGAUCUAGGUUGGACGGCUAUUAAAGAACUGCCUGCAUCAGUUGAAAAUCUUGUCUCCGUGAAGAUAAUAAAUUUAAGAAAAUGCAAAAGACUCCCAACACUCCCAUCAAGUGUCUAUAAGUUGCAAAAUCUCAAGUAUCUGAAUCUUGGAGGCUGCUCCAAUUUUGUCAUGUUUCAGAGAACUCGGAGGAUUCAACCAAUCCUAAUGGCAAUCUGGGAUUUCGAAAUUUAUUCCGGCUAGAUCUUGAUGGCUGCAAUCUCUCAGAAGUAGAGUUCCUUGAGAGUUAUUCCUGUUUUUCCCACUUGGGGCACCUAGAUCUUUCCAAAAACAAAUUUACUCAUCU